AUGCGUGCCUUCAUUCUCCUUGCGACCGCUGGAGCCGUGCUCGGACUUCCCAAUUCUUCGAUAUACCGACGACAACAAGGUGGCUUCCAGCUAAAGAACGGCCAGGAUGCCAUUGAGCUCAACAACCGAUUCUCCUCCUUGAACGCCGACUCACCUUGUAAUAACGGAGAGAAUGCAUGUGUCAACAACGGUUUCGCUCAAUGCGUCGGUGGGAGAUUCGUUAUUCAGCCAUGUGCUCCUGGAACAAUUUGUGCGGCUUUGCCUCUCGUAAAUGCACCUGGAACGAGCAUCACCUGCACCACAGCAGCUGAUCGUGACGCCCGGAUUGCAGCGACUGGUGCAACUGGCGGUAAUAACGGAAACACAGGGGGGGAAGCAGGAAAUGGCGGCAACAACGGUGCUGACGGAGGCAACGGGAAUGGCCAACCCAAUAAUGGUGGAGGUAACGGUGGUGGCAAUAACAAUGGCGGAGGCAACAACCAACCACCAGCGGUAGGGAACUUUCCUCUUUUGUAUUGCGAUCGACGACAACUGACGAUCGGACGACGGUGUAGGGUGGAAACAACAACAAUGGCAACCCCCAAACAUCGACAAGUACGUGUCUGGCAUUUGUUGGUGGCGAAAAAAGACCAUGGCGCUAACCGUUCACUGCUAGCUUUGGACCCUGCUGUAAUUGCUCGCUUCGAUGACGAUGGCCAAGCUGAAGCUUCCGCGGGCCAGGUGGCCUCCCUGACCUCCACGAACAACUUCAUCAACUUCUGCUUGACCGUCCCCCUCCCACUGACGAACGGCGCCCAAGUUGAGGGUGGUUCAUGUAACCCGGCGCCUAUGGGUGUGAUCGCCGCCAAGUCCAGGAUGCCCACUUCCAAGUUCAUCUUCCCUCCCAAUGGUGGAACCGUUGCUGCUGGUACCCCAUUCCGAAUUGAAAUGGCGAUCCAAAACCUCGAGACAGGGAACUUUGUUAACCCCAAUGUUAACUACUUCUCUGCUCCUCAGCAAAUCAACGGACAGGGUAUCAUCCGUGGCCAUUCUCAUGUCGUCAUCCAGAAGCUCGAAUCUCUGGGACAGACCACUCCUCUUGACCCUACUCGAUUUGAUUUCUUCAAGGGCAUGAACGCCGCUGCCAAUAACGGGGUCCUGACUGCUGACGUUCCCGCUCCUGGAUUGCCUGCUGGUUUCUACAGGCUCUCUUCCAUCAACACUGCUGCCAACCACCAGCCUGUGCUCGUCGCUGUUGCACAACACGGUACGUCUCAUACACAAGUUAGAAUUGAAUGGUACUGA